AUGCCCAAAGACAUUUCAGCAAAGGAAUAUAUGCGUGGCUUCAUAAUGCGAAAAUGUGUAAUGGAGUCCCACGGUAAACGAACUGCCAUGGGCAAGAGGAGUUGGAAGUUGUUCUAUGCGCGGUUGCGUGACUUGUCGUUGUACCUCUACCGCGAUGCAGAGACAGCGGCCACGGCAACGCGAGCGGAGGAAAUGGCCCUGGGGUAUAUGAAGCAAGUCUAUCGUUUCCAGUUGCAUUGCCAACACCUCCGUUUCUACUAUCACCAUCAUGAGCAGCAUCAGAGAAUACUGCAACAGCAGCAGCAGCAGCAACAACAACAACAGCUGGAAAGCACGACUAAUGAGGAGGAGAGGUAA